AUGCGACUCGCAGGGACGAGGAUGAUCCAGCUAUCAUCCAAAGUAAAGGACAUCGCUUUCGAUUCUUCUCUUUCCGGACUCUCGGAUCGAGAAGUUCGAAACGUGGAGCUAGCAGAGUACCUCAUGUCCGCAGCCGAUAAGGUUCGAACCCGUCAGUUCGAUCAUGCCUCGGGCCUGCUAGGUCUGUGCAACAGUCUGGCCCCCAGCGAUGGGAACACAGUCGAGCGAGUGGUCCAUUGUUUCUCCAAAGCCCUCCGGACCAAGAUAGCCAAAGAAACCGCGACAACCUACGACAUGACGAGCAACAAGGAGUUCGUGAUCGACGAGAAUCAGCUGAUUUCCGACAAGACAUUCAUGACGUUCCACCAGACCGUGCCCUUCCACCAGGUACAACACAUAGCCGCCACGCAGGCGAUUCUGGACAACGUGGAGAGGGCGACGAAGAUCCACGUCGUGGAUCUCCAGAUUCGAAACGGGCUCGAGUGGAUAACUCUCAUGCAGGCUCUGGAAUCACGCCAGGAAUACCCCGUGGAGCAUCUCAAAAUAACCGCUCUGGUCAUAGGGAGUGGCAGCGCGAUUGAGUAUACUAAACGUACGGGCGACCAGUUGAAGAGUUUCGCCGAGACGAUCAACAUCCCGUUGUUUUCUUUCCACGUGGUCCAGAUCCCGGACCUGAAGGACUUUCGGGCCGGUCUCUUCGAGACCGACCCGGAGGAGGCCCUGGUGGUCUUCUCCGAGUUUUUCUUCAACAAGUUCACCAGUCGCCCGGUCGAGCUCGACCGGGCAAUGAGGGAGAUCAAGAUCAUGAACCCCAGGGUCAUGGUCAUGAUCGAGACCGAGGCGAACCACAACUCCCCCUCCUUCUCCUCCCGAUUCGUCGAGACGCUGUUCCACUACAGCGCCUUCUUCGACUGCCUCGAGGCGUGCAUGUCGCCGGAGCACGAGCCGGACCGGAGGAUCAUGGAGACCGUGAUCGUCACCGAGCUCGUGACGAACAUGCUGGCCGCCGAGGGGGAGGAGAGAGGGAUGAGGUCCGUGAAGCUGGACACGUGGAGGUCGUUUUUCGCUAGGUUUGGGAUGGUGGAGCAGGAACUGAGCGAUGUCCUUCUCUACCAAGUGAAAUUGGUCACCGGAAAAUGUUCCGGCUGGAAGUUUUGCACGACGAAUUGGGAUGACGGCAGCUUGACGAUAGGGUGGAAAGGGACUCCGAUGACGUCGGUUUCCGUUUGGAAGUUCGUUCGGACGGCUAGGCUCGUUAGUGGGCCCAAGGAUUUGGUGGUGGAGUUCGUGUAA